UCUCAGCCGGUGAGAGGGGGCCGGCUCCCCCUGGGUAUAAAAGAGGCGGGGCUGGCGUUGGGACGGUCUCACUCAGCCGGUGGCAGCGGAUCUAGCAGCAUCGACUCCCCCUUUUAUUUCUUUCUGAGAGCUUCUGCCGCUUUAACAGAUCUGCAAAAUGGAAGAAGAAAUUGCAGCACUUGUCAUUGACAAUGGUUCUGGAAUGUGCAAAGCAGGCUUCGCUGGAGAUGAUGCUCCUCGGGCUGUGUUUCCCUCAAUUGUUGGACGCCCGCGCCACCAGGGUGUCAUGGUCGGUAUGGGACAGAAAGACAGUUAUGUGGGAGAUGAGGCUCAAAGCAAGAGAGGUAUCUUGACCCUGAAGUAUCCCAUUGAACAUGGAAUUGUCACCAACUGGGAUGAUAUGGAGAAAAUUUGGCAUCAUACUUUCUACAAUGAGCUUCGUGUUGCCCCUGAAGAACACCCAGUACUGCUUACAGAAGCUCCUUUGAAUCCUAAGGCCAACAGAGAGAAAAUGACACAGAUCAUGUUCGAGACAUUCAACACUCCAGCCAUGUAUGUGGCCAUCCAGGCUGUGUUGUCCCUGUAUGCUUCUGGUCGUACCACUGGUAUUGUAAUGGACUCUGGUGAUGGUGUCACACACACUGUGCCCAUCUAUGAGGGUUAUGCUCUCCCUCAUGCCAUCUUGCGACUUGAUUUGGCUGGCCGUGACCUAACAGACUACCUCAUGAAGAUUCUGACAGAAAGAGGCUACAGCUUUACCACCACAGCUGAAAGGGAAAUUGUCCGUGACAUAAAGGAGAAGUUGUGCUAUGUUGCCUUGGACUUCGAGCAGGAGAUGGCUACUGCUGCUUCCUCUUCUUCCUUGGAAAAGAGCUAUGAAUUGCCUGAUGGCCAGGUGAUCACAAUUGGAAAUGAGAGGUUUAGGUGUCCUGAAGCCCUUUUCCAGCCUUCUUUCUUAGGUAUGGAGUCCUGUGGCAUUCAUGAGACUACUUUCAAUUCUAUCAUGAAAUGUGAUGUGGAUAUCCGAAAGGACCUAUAUGCCAACACAGUAUUGUCUGGUGGUACCACAAUGUAUCCUGGAAUUGCAGACAGAAUGCAGAAGGAGAUCACAGCACUGGCUCCCAGCACAAUGAAGAUCAAGAUUAUUGCUCCUCCUGAGCGCAAAUACUCUGUCUGGAUUGGUGGAUCCAUUCUUGCAUCUCUCUCUACCUUCCAGCAGAUGUGGAUCAGCAAGCAAGAAUAUGAUGAGUCUGGCCCAUCUAUUGUCCACCGUAAAUGCUUCUAAAAAGACUAUGGCAAAUAUGCAGUUUUUACUGCAUUAAGUUUUUUCACCAGUAUAAAUUUGCCUGGGCAAAUAUAUACGCCUCAUGCUAGCCUCAUGAAACUGGAAUAAGCCUUCUCUUCAAACAUUUGUCAUUGGGAAGUCUGUCUCCAAUAACCUUGUGAGGAUAGCUUCCUGUUGCUGAUAAGACCCUGAAUGAACUAAAGUUCCCUUUGUACAUAGUAUAACUACCCUAUACACAUCUGGUCUAGGACACAGUACAGAUGGUGUUCAUGAACAUAAGGUUUAACUGCCUGGGAUAGUAGUCUCAGCAUAACCAGUUAUGUUGCAAUGGAGUCUUGAGCCUAGAUCUGUACAGGGUAGCAAAAGACCAGACUUCACUAUACAAAGCGCUAAGAAUUCCAGGUCUUUAUUGUUGAGGCUGGCAAGAGUUUGUGAAAAGGAUGGCCAUUUUUGUCUUGCCACUGUUCCUACCAGGAUUGGAAAUGUAUUGUGUCCAAGCCUUAUGAAUCUGUUUUUCUUUCCUUGCCCACCUAUGUCCCAGCAAGACAUCACGGGGCAAAACAUUGUUCAACUUGAGUUGCUCCAAUGUUGGCAUUGACACCUGUAAAUUUAAUCAUCAGGUUUAAUUUAUGUAAGAUUUUUGUACGUUGCCUUAAUGUUGUCACAUGACAGUAGAAAACCAAAAUUUGUAAGUCAUCCUGAAGUUGAGAAUUGUAAUGCCCAACACUUCAUUGUGAAAGGAAAAUAAAAGCGCUGCAGUAAAUGAAAUGUG